AUGGUAGUGAAAGACAUCUCUGUUGCGUUGAGUGGGCCGCCUUCUCCAGAGCCUGUGAUAGAGAUUCCAACCGAGCCAAUAAUGGAGAACCAGCCAUCAACCCAACGCAAGCUGCAGCAGAUGCUUGAUUGCAUACAUGAUCCUGAUCCACGUUUUGGCAUCAUUGGAGAAUAUGGAAUGGGGGGAGUGGGUAAAACUACCCUGGUUAGAGAAGUAAACAAUCACUUUGAAAAAGAUAUGGCCAGAGGAUUGAAGAUACCUUUUGAGAUUGUGAUAAUGGUCACAGUAUCUGCCACUCCCAACAUACAAGGCAUCCAAAACGAAAUCGGUGACCGCCUCGGAUUAAAAGAUAAUAGGGCUAAUGCAUUGUUCAAAGCACUAAAGAAGAAAUUUCUCUUAAUUUUUUAUGAUGUGUGGUGCAAGUUAAAGCUGGAGGAUAUAGGAAUCCCUCACCCCCGAACCCACAAAGGGAGCAAGAUUCUUGUGACAAGCCGGAGUAAAGAUACCUGCACUGAUAUGGGUGCUAGAAAAACAACAAAAAUGCAUCCUUUAUCGGAAGCUGAAUCAUGGAUCCUCUUUUCUGACGUAGCUGGUGAACAUGUAGCUGCGGAUGGUAUAAAAGUGUUUUCCCGAAAAAAUUGUUGGAAGUUGUAA